CCAGAGUUGGUUUAUCAACAUAGUGUAACAGUGGCUCAAGAGCUGCCACAGUGAACUGGUUUCGGAUCUCCUCCCAUUCUACACUGCUCUGAGUCUGACUGGGAAUUCCCUGAGAGAUGUAUCCAUGUUGGACUCUGCUCUGUUGGACACAAUGUGCAGAUUGAGUGCGAGUGCUUAGCAGUGCGAUAUUCUUAUCCAGCAGGACAGGAUUGUGCUCUUUGGCCAGAGCGCAAUGUGGAGAAGAUCUUUCGCCCGCCAGGACAGAGAUAGGGACAGUGCAGUAUGGGUAAUGUGGGCUGUCAUAUCAGCUGAACAUGCAGAGACUGUUGGGACUAGAAGUGGUUAGAAACCAGUUCCACUUUAACUCCAGUUUGACAUGUGAGUGCAGUGUGCUGUGUUUGUCAGCAGUACAAUGGCUCAUCAGGGGGUCCGUCACUGGUCGGUGAAGCAGGUGGGCCGCUGGCUGCGGGAAGAAGGGUUCUGUGACUAUGUGGACCUGCUGUGUAAUAAACACAGGCUGGAUGGAACCAGCCUCCUGACCCUCACAGAGUACGACCUGCGCUCCCCUCCGCUCGAGCUCAAAGUGCUGGGGGACAUCAAGAGGCUCAUGGUGUCUCUGCGCAAGCUGCAGAAACAAAACGCUGACGUGCUGGAGGAGCUGGGAUUCUCUCACGAUGCACACUCGCCACAAGGGGGCGCCGGUGCGGAGUGGUUAUGUAACGGAGAGUCGGUGCGGGACUGUGACAGUGUUGUGGACUCCCUCGUUGGAGAGCAGUAUCAGUACAGUAAUGGGAAGCACAAGCAGCAGAGUCGCCGGCUGGACCCGGAAUACUGGAAAACUGUCCUCAGUUCUAUCUACGUAGUUUUUGUCUUCGGCUUUACCUCAUUUGUAAUGGUGAUCGUGCACGAGCGCGUGCCGGACAUGCGCACCUAUCCUCCACUGCCCGACAUCUUCCUGGACAGUGUACCCAGAAUCCCCUGGGCCUUCGCCAUGGCCGAGGCGUGCGGACUGAUCCUGUGUAAUAUCUGGCUACUCGUGCUGCUGCUGCACAAACACAGGUCAAUCCUGCUGCGGAGGAUGUGUAGUUUAAUGGGGACAGUCUUCAUGCUGCGCUGCAUCACUAUGUUUGUCACUUCACUUUCAGUGCCGGGACAACACCUGCAGUGUACUGGAAAGAUGUACGGUGAUAUGUGGGCGAAGCUGCAGAGAGCUGUAGCUAUAUGGAGUGGGUUUGGGAUGACUCUGACAGGAGUAAAGACUUGCGGGGAUUACAUGUUCAGUGGACACACCGUCGUCCUUACCAUGCUGAACUUCUUCGUCACAGAGUACACGCCUCGGAGCUGGAACUUCAUCCACACACUUUCGUGGGUUCUGAACCUGUUCGGGAUCUUCUUCAUCCUGGCCGCUCACGAGCACUACUCCAUCGACGUCUUCAUCGCCUUCUACAUCACCACGCGUCUGUUCCUGUACUACCACACGCUCGCCAACACGCGGGCGUACCAGCACAGCCGCCGCGCGCGCAUAUGGUUCCCCAUGUUCUCCUUCUUCGAGUGCAACGUCAACGGGCCCGUGCCCAACGAGUACUGCUGGCCCUUUUCCAGACCAGCCCUGUUCAGGAGACUCAUCAGAUAAACCACGCACACACACACACUUACUCUACAGCUCCUCCGCCCUGCGGGGGGCAGCAGAGUGUGUGUUCGUUCCUAAACCAUACUGCAUACUACGGUGUGGAUCAGCUUCAUGUUGCCAUGAUUAAGUGAAGAGCCAGCAGCAAGACUUAAGACUUCGUGGUUUUAGUGGGCGCAGACAGUGCUGCCCUCUUACACACACUCACACACUCACUAGAGAAUAAUAGAGAAACACUCACUCUACAGCUGGACCUCGUGUGCAGAUUGCAGCUAGGAGGCACAGCUAACAAAGACGCUCUUCACGUUUUGAUAUUAUGUGGUGUCAUUUUUCAUUUGCCAGAUAACAGAUACACUAAAAAUACUAAUAUAGUAGGUGCUUUUUGAGCAACAUUUAAGUCUGCUGCAUGAUUGUUUGCAGUUUUGAUGUUUUCUAUAUUUGGAGUUGAGGUUGUUCCAGUUUAAAGGUACAGUAAGAAUCAUUUUCCAUUGCACAGAUGCAUCAGCAUUGCAUUAUUGAUAAAAGAAGCUACAUUUAUUUUGAUAAAUUAUAAAUUAAUAAUAAUUAACUUCAUUUUUUGUUGUGUGACUGCUACUAACUAGGCUGGAUUGUUGAUGUAGCAUUUGCAGCCAAGCUUAUGACAAACAUUAGCAGAAAAAUUUACUAAAAUAAUUGUGUGAGAUGUGCUUAUAUGUGGCACAAACCACUGGAGUAAAAUAAACCUCUAAUCCAAAACAUUUUAGGGCAGUUUCCUUACAAGAAAUUAAGCCUAGUCUAGGACUACAUUCAGCUCUGGAAAAAAUUGGAAAAAUAAGAGACCACUUCAGUUUCUGAAUCAGUUUCUCUGAUUUUGCCAUUUAUAGGUUUAUGUUUGAGUAAAAUUAACAUUGUUGUUUUAUUCUAUAAACUACAGACAACAUUUCUGCCAAAUUCCAAAUAAAAAUAUUGUCAUUUAGAGCAUUUAUUCGCAGAAAAUGAGAAAUGACUAAAAUAACAAAAAAGAUGCAGAGCUUUCUGACCUCAAAUAAUGCAUAGAAAACAAGUUCAUAUUCAGAAAGUUGUAAGAGUUCAGAAAUCAAUAUUUGGUGGAAUAACCCUGGUUUUCUCCUCCACCAGUCUUACACACUGCUUUUGGAUAAUUUUAUGCCACUUUUUAUGCCACACUUGGUGCUUGUGAUCAUCUAUCUUCCUCUUGUUUAUAUUCCAGAGGUUUUCAAUGUGGUAAAAUCAAAGAAACACAUCAUUUUUAAUCAUUUUUUUUCUCUUAUGUUUUUUCCAGAGCUGUAGCAUUUUGAAAGCAGAUUUUCAAAUGAAAUUAAAAAAGUCAAUAUCUAGGCUUAUUUUCCCUUUAGGACCUGCGUCUUUAAAAUCUAAAUUAAUGAAUUAGUAAACUUGGAUUACAUUAAAACUAUAAACAUCAUUUAAAGUCAAAUUCUGAUCUCUUCUGAUGGGUACCAUGCGUAAAAUCCUCUUAUAUUACUGACUAUUUCUUAGAACAGAAACUUAAAUAUAUAAAGAUAUAAUAUUAUAAUAAAUGGUCCAAACUUUCUGCUGUGGAAACAAAGUAAAAAGAAACAGAAUUUUACUAGAAAAUGAAUACUAAAUAUACUUAUAUACAAUACUACAUUAAAAGCUGAAUAACUCUAAUUACCUUUCUGACCAAACCACUGUCAUUACACAUGACUUAUUGUACCUUUAAAAAAGAAAAAAAAAAAACACUUUUUUUUGUUUUAUUUAUUCCAAAGUAUGAAGCUCAGAGGUGUAAAAUAUUGUAAAAACGGUUAGAAGCAAUACAAGCUGCUGAUACUUGCUGAACUCCUGUAGUUUACACCCUUUGCAGUCUGAGCUGAGUAACUUUAGCCUUCAUUCUUAUUGCCAUGACUCUUAAUUGUGCAAAACGAUUUCGCCAUUGUUAGGCCUGUCACGAUAAUUAUGUUCUCAGUGUACAGUAUGUGGACAUGACCUUGAUCUUUUUUAUUUUUUGAUGAUCUUGAUAGUGCUUGUUGUGUUUAGUUGUAAGGUUGUGUGUGUGUAUUAGAUUGAAUGUCGCUAAUACGUUAGCCAGUUGGCUUGUUGUUUUUUCUUUUGUUAGCUGUCUGUCGGAGGCAGGGAUUUAGUAUGUGAAAUAUAGCACCAUCUAUUGUGUGGGAGAAAAGUGCAGUUUGUGCAACAACCAGUGCAUCAAUAACGAAGACUCUGUUCCCACAGAGCUGCGGCUAAAAAGUAUUAUAAUUGUAUUUUCUUUCUUUUUAUAUUGUAUUUUUCACACUAUAAGGCCCACUGUAUUAUAAGGCGCGCUAUCAAAAAACGUCUAGUUUCUGGUCUGUCUUCAUAAAUAAUGCACACUGGAUUAUAAGGCGCAUUUUAAGAGACAUUAUAAGGAAAUUCUAGUUCAGCAGGUCUCGUUGGUGGGGGGUGGGGGGUGGCUAACUAAGUUAAGUAAAGCUAAGCUAAGUACACAAAAUCGUAAUAAAAAAGACUUUCCUUUAACGUCAAACCAGCUCUGGAUGUUAAGCCACAGAGAUUUCUCUCCUGAAAACUGUUUAUUUGGGUGAGUAUAGUGCUUCCGUUUAUUUACAGUAAGCUUGGAUUUCCAAAUUUCUCCAGCACUAAGGCUGUAGCAUUAGCAUUAGCAGCUAACCACUAGCCAAAAGCGGCUAAUGCCACCUAAUAGCACUAGACUGAGGAACCCUGAGUGUUCAGAUAAGCCAGAGUGAUAUUAGCCUGUGGUUUGGCCCAUGUAGCUUUUAUUUAACACUAAACAUACAGACUGUAGUCCGAUAAUACUCACCUCUGAACGGCAAAAAAGCUAGUGCGGUUAGCAGGUAAUGUUAAUGCUGCUCCAGCAGUGCUAGCCGAAGUUAGGAGUAGCUUUGAACAGGGAAAUAGCGGUUAGUGGCUAAUGGAGAACUAAGCUAAAACUUCUUAAUAAUGCUGCAAUUCAGAGAAAUGGCUUUACUGCUCCUUACAACCUGACUGGAAGAUUUCAUAUAUAAAGCGCACUAGAUUAAAAGUCGAUUUUUGUGGAAAAAUCUAUUAUUUUAAGUGUGCUUUAUAAUGUGAAAAAUAUGGUAUAUAAACAGCAAUCACAAAUAUACUGCAAAUCACUAAUGGGCAAUAUGAAUUGCCAAAGAAAAUGUAUUUCCCAUACUGCAUUAAAGCGCUACUUUGUUUAAAAAUGAUAAAAAUAUUGUUCAAAGCAAUUAUUUCCGGUACAGUAUAUCGUGACAGGCCUAGCCAUUGUGCUCAGCAGUAUUAGACUACCUGCAUUAUGCUAAUAGACUAACAUUGUGUACAUUGGCUUUUUUAUUAUUAUUAUUAAUUUUCUUUUUGUACAUGGAUAUUGUGUUUAAGUCGAGUCCCGCCCCUUUUUGUCCUUCUUGCUAUUUGCUGAUCUUCUGCCUUGCUGCUGUCGUACCGUUAUAUGUGAAAAUGAACAGUCGCCAAAACUUGGGAUGAAAAUGGUUGAACACUUGUCUUAACUGUCAUUCCAGAUGCCAAUGACCUGUUAUUAGUAGCAUGUCUCUUCAAAAAUGAUUUUGUCGGAUAUGUUAAUGGUAUCUUAUCUCGAUGUGUGAUGUUUAUGAUGCUACCUAAGAUUCUAUACUGUAAAGUUUACAAUUUACAACCUAACAAAACUACUUUUUCCCGAAAGUGAUGCUUUGGCCAAAAAUUCAGUUUACACAAUUUUUAUUUUCCCUCAAAUUUAGACAUAAAUUGAAUAAUAUGCAGAGGUCAAUUUUUAUGGGUAAUUUAGGAAGAAAUUGCUUUAGAAUUUGCUUAUUGACCCCAAAGUUGAAUGCCAAUGUAUUUCUAGUAGAUUGUUUCAAUUAUUUUAAACAUUAAUAAAUUAAAAUGUAUAAACAUACAUGGCUGGCAUAUCCAGGUUUAUGUGGAACUUUUAAUUAAACUUAAAUCUAAUAUUUCUACACAAUGUGGAAAUAUAUGGCCAGAAGAAUAAAAAUUUAAGUUGGAAAUAAAUGUAUUUAAUUAAAAUUAAAAUAUGUAAAUUUUAUAAAACAUCUCCUAUAAUUGUAUAUUCAUAUGGCAUUUAAAAAAAAAGCAAUAGGGCUAAACAUUUUAGGUGUUACUGUUCGCUGUGGCAGUUUUUUGUUGAUACAGACUAGGCUGUGUCUUUGAAUUAGCAUUUGAAAUUACAUUUAUAGUCAUAUAGUUUCUCAGGGGGACGUCUGUGAAAAAUGUUUUACCCUUCUGCUCAGUG